AUGAGCAUGUCAAGCUUGCAAAUUCAACCCUCAGCCUUGCCUGCCCCCCACAUCACCACCCUGUUGUGUGACGCGACCAACAAGUUGCCAAUGACGCCGCCGUGCCGGGUGUUGUUGAAGAACGACCUCGAGCAGCCGCUGGGCCUGUUCAAGUUGCGGGGCAUUGGCCACUUGAUCCACUCCCAGUUGGAAGCGGCUAAUGCUCGUCGCUGCAAGAAAGAAGUACAGGUGUUUGCCCUGCUGGGAGGCAAUGCCGGUCUUGCUGCUGCUUAUGCCGCCCACUUCUACGGGCUCAAGUGUACGGUGGUGCUCCCCGUAAUCGCUAAAGAAGUGGUUAAACAACAAUUGAAGAGCUACAAUGCCGAGAUGAUCCUUUUCGGCAACAAUAUCUUCGAGGCCGACCAGCACUUGCGCAAUAUUUUGGAGCUGAUCGACACCGACAAGAUCUUGCCCAUCUAUUGCCACCCGUUCGACAACCCCUUAAUCUGGGAAGGGCAUGCUUCGUUGGUCGACGAAUUGGUCCAGCAACAGUUGACUCCCGAGGAAGUGCCCCACUUGAAGGGGAUCGUGUGUCUGUGUGGCGGCGGUGGCUUGUACAACGGCAUCUACCAAGGGUUACAGCGCAACGGCAUCCACGACCUGGAGGUGCUCUUGAUUGAAACGGCACAAGCGCCGACGCUUUACGAAACGGUGAAGGCGGAUAAGUUGAUCACUUUGAAGCUGGUGAAACUGAUGGCGACGCUGUUGGCGUGCCUGUACACCACCCAGACCUCGCUCAACAACUUCAAGAACCUGGACGUUGUCAAGACCCACUUGGAGGUGAUUGACGACGCCGACGCCCUCAAGGGGUGCGUCGACUACUACGACAAGAUCGGCAAGAUCGUCGAGCCCGCGUGCGGCGCGCUGACCCUGGUGGUCUUCAACCGCAUGGACUUGUUGUUCAAGCACUUUGGCCACUUGCAGCCCGACGACAUCGUCGUCAUCGUGGUGUGUGGCGGGCUGUGCUCCACCGGCGACGACUUGUCCCAGUACCGCUCGAUGUUGGCCAGAGCCGACAACAAGUUGUAA